GGCAGCUUUGGAGACUCCAAAUCAGCUGCGAGUCCAUGGCGUGCGUCAUUGCGCAGCGGCGCGGCCAGCCCAUUGUGGUUAAUGGGAAUCCGCUGACUGAGCACAACCAGUUGUUUGUGCGGGCAUAUGUAUGCGCUGAUCAGCAGGUGCUGUCUUUAACUGAAUGGAAGUCUUGGUUACAACCCCAGCGAUCUGAGGGAACACUCUCGUGUUACGGACUCUUAUUUCCAGGAUGCGCUCACAUAUAUGACAUGCUCGCGACGAUCGGCAGUUACAGAUAAACUCCACCUGGAAUCUCCAAACGUUUGGCAGCCAUGGCUUUUUCUGUAUCCAGAGGGACUGUGUUCACUAUCCUCCUCAUUAGCAGGUUGUUAGAGAGCUCUGUGCUCAACGCAGAAGUGAAAGAAGGAGAGAUUCUGCCUCCUACCAUUCAGAAGCUGAUGAAAGGAUACAACAAGUACCUCAGGCCUUUCUUUGACAAUGGGCCUGUUACGGUGGGUAUGAGCCUGGACAUUGCCAGUAUUGACACCAUCUCAGAGAUCAACAUGGACUACACUGCCACCAUAUUCCUCCGUCAGCGCUGGACGGACGAGCGCUUGGUGUUUGAAGGCAACAAGAGCCUGAGUCUCGACGGGCGGCUGGUGGAGCUGCUUUGGGUCCCUGAUACCUUUAUCGUUGACUCCAAGAAGUCCUUCCUCCAUGACAUAACUGUGGAGAACAGGCUGAUCCGCAUCUUCCCCAACGGGACCGUCCUUUACGCAUUGAGGAUUACCACCACCGUGGCCUGCAACAUGGAUCUCACCAAAUAUCCCAUGGACAAGCAGACCUGCACGCUUCAACUGGAGAGCUGGGGUUACAACAUCAAUGAUGUCAUGUUCUACUGGACCAGAGGAAAUGAGUCUGUCAGUGGUUUAGACACUCUGCAGUUGGCUCAGUACACAGUGGAGGACCACUACACAUCUGUCUCAGAGGCCGUUUAUGAAACCGGCAAUUACCCAAAGCUGGUCUUCCACUUUGAGCUGAAGAGGAGCAUUCUGUACUUUAUCUUGGAGACUUACGUCCCCUCCAGCCUGCUUGUUGUCCUCUCAUGGGUUUCCUUCUGGAUCUCCCUAUCCUCUGUUCCAGCACGAAUUUGUAUAGGAGUGACCACAGUACUAACAAUGACCACUCUGAUGAUGGGAGCCCGGACAUCACUGCCCAAUGCCAACUGCUUCAUUAAGGCCAUUGAUGUUUACUUGGGAAUCUGCUUCAGCUUUAUCUUUGGAGCACUCAUUGAGUACGCCGUAGCCCACUUCUGCACGCUCACUCACGCAGAUUCGCACAUGCUGAUGUAUGGCCACCACAUACAUGACUUUGAUGAUGAAAAGAAUGGCAUCGUCACCACCAUCUCCCACAGAGCCAAGAGACGCAAGGAACCUGCUGCAACUCCUACCCCAGCUCCCACCUCCUUAGAACUCACUGUCAGCCCGUCCAGCCCCUCGGGCAGCGAGCCUAAGCCUGAGGCUUUGCCUCCGGAGCCCACCAACUGGUGCCUCACUUUUCUGACCAACAUCCGCAAAGUGCUCCGCUCCAUAUAUUGCUGUCACGUGGAGAAUCCCCAUCACAUAGACAACUACUCCAGAAUCACCUUCCCCCUCUCUUUUGUCAUGGUUAACCUGCUCUACUGGACGUAUUAUUUAUAUUUUUAGCAUUCACUUGAGUGUCGCACGUGUCCCAGAGUGUGAGACAGAGCGUGUAUGCAGACAAGAGCUGUAUCUUACCAUAUGUAUGUACAGUAAGUGUUACUGGGGUGUGUUUUGAGAUGAGUGUGUAAAAUUUCUACCUUUGGAUUCAUGAAGAAGUAGCAUAUUUAUAAGGUGGCUUUGGGGAAAAGCAAUGCUUACAAUUACAGCUCAAUUUUUCCAUAUUUUUUCAUAUUUUCCAUUUGUGCAUUUGAGUUGCUUUGAAUUAUCAUUAUUAUUAGUAGUAGUAGCUGUAAUGUUAUUACUGUUAUUAUUAUUAUCAUUAUCGCUGGUAAAAAGAAAGAAAAGCUGCACCUGACACUGACUG